AUGGACCCAAACCCUCGGACAUCUCUGGAGCGCCAGCAGCUCCGUUUGCGGGAGCGGCAGAAAUUCUUUGAGGACAUUUUACAGCCAGAGACAGAGUUUGUCUUCCCUCUGUCCCACCUACAUCUCGAGGCACAGAGACCCCCCAUCGGUAGCAUUUCCUCCAUGGAAGUGAAUGUGGACACACUGGAGCAAGUGGAACUCAUUGACCUUGGGGACCAGGACGGAGCAGACGUGUUCUUGCCUUGUGAAGAUCCUCCAUCAACCCCCCAGACAUCGGGGGCGGACAACCAUCCGGAGGAGCUGCGCCUGCCGAUGCACACGCCAGACAGAACCACAUCCCGCACUUCCUCCUCCUCUUCCGACUCCUCCACCAACCUGCACAGCCCAAAUCCCAGUGUGGGCGGAGCAGACACACCCUUGGCACAGUCUGAUGCAGAGGAUGGGGAUGAGGGAGGGGCAGAGCCUGGAGCCUCCAGCUAG